AUGAUUGAUGGUGAAUCGUCAACACAACUCAUUCGUGUUGAAUCCGAUCUUUCAAAGUGGUUGAAACAACAUGUAUCUGAAAUAGCAGAGGAUCGCAUAAGUAACCUUCCGGAUGAUCUGAUUGCCGACAAAAUCCUUUCUCGCUUUUUGGAUACGAGAUUCGUUAUUUCAACAGGUAUUAUUUCAAAAAGAUGGCAACAUCUUUGGAAAUAUGUUCCUUGUCUUCUUUUUAAUGAUAAAUCGUAUUGUAAGGCUGCAGAAGAAUCUUUGUUGGAUGUUGGUUUUAGUGAUCAAGCUUUUCUAGAGUUUUAUAAUGGGGUUAAUAUUACUCUUGGUCAAUAUCAAUUAGAAUAUAUGAAUAAGUUUUAUUUGGAUGCUAAUUACGAGACUAGGUUUGCUUCGCUUGUUGAAAAUUGGAUUGACUUUGCUGUUGGAUAUUGCUUGCUUGAUCCUCAUAUUGGUAUUACCUGGAACAACCUUAAGGUUCUAACUAUAUCACAUUCUAGAGUGGAAGAAGACUUUAUCCCAAAAAUUGUAUCUGGUAGUCCUUUGUUGGAAACUUUGACUCUUCGUUGCUGUCAUGGUUCAUUGAUUGAUAUCACAUCCCCUAGUGUUAAGAAUUUGAUAUUACUUGGAUAUGAGGCUGAUGAACUUGUAAACUUUGUUCAUAUCAAUGCACCUCAUAUUACAUUUCUUAAAAUUGUUGACAGUUUGUGGAUAUCAGCAAUUGUCUUUAGGAACGUCUCUUCUUUGCUUAAAGCAUACCUUAACUUUGACUUUCCCCGUUACUAUAAAAGAUUUCGAAAUAGGGAUGAAGAGAUUGUACUAGGUGAUGUUAUUACGAGUCUGCAGAAUGUGAAUGAAGUUAAAGUUGGGAUAAAUUGCCAUCCGGUAAAUUGCUUACUACGUCGUUUGACUUCCAAAGGUUUCGUCCUACCAUCCAACGUUGUCCGUGAAGGUGGUUCAUUAAUUUACCAUGUUGAUAUUGAUCUUGAUGUGGAAGGGUCGGAUUCAGAAUGA